AUGUCUUUCUCUAUCAAUACGUUCUUUUUUAGCCUGAUCGCCUUCCUCGCCCUCCGUGCCGUUGCAGCCGAUUGCAACCCCCUCAACACGACUACAACAUGUUCCCCCGACGCUGCGCUCAGUACCGAGCACACCUGGUUGUUCAACGAGACUCUAGAUAGUACACUAUGGGACAUGGCUACUGGAGAGUUGAACUAUACGGACAAGGGCGCGGAGUUCGCCAUUCGCUCUGAAAAUGCAUCCACUCUUUUGCAGUCCAACUUUUAUAUCUUCUUCGGCGUCAUGGAAGUGCACGCCACAAUGGCGGUAGGCCGCGGAAUCAUUAGCAGUGUGAUUCUACAAUCCGACGACCUGGACGAAAUCGACUGGGAAUGGCUCGGUUAUAACACGAGUUUCGUACAAUCGGACUUCUUUGGAAAGGGCAAUACCACGACAAGUAAUCGAGGAGGAACACAUCUCGUCUCUGACGCCGACACCGUCUUCCACAACUAUACGAUCUAUUGGGAUAAAGAUCGCAUUGAGUGGUGGAUUGACAGCGAUCUGCGGCGAACGGUCAACUACUCGGAGCCACUCACUGUGUAUGGCAAGAAUUACCCACAGACCCCUUGCCGAGUCAAGAUCAGCAACUGGCCUGUCGGAAUCGCAAGUGAAUCCCUUGGCAAUAUUGAAUGGGGUGGUGGUCUUGUCAAUUGGGACGAUGUGCCCUUUAUCAUGACUGUGCAAAAGCUCCGCGUCAAGGAUUUCCAUACCGGAAAGGAGUACAAAUACACCGGUACUACGGGAAGUUACGAGAGUAUUGAUGUUAUUUCAGGAAAUUCAACAGCCAAGAAAGAGAUCGAGAAAAAGCCAGAGGAGACCUUGGCUGAGAAGUGGGACGAUCUUGGAGAAGGUGCUCACAUUGGAGUCUACGUUGGUGCCGCCGCCGCCGCCGCUAUUGCCAUUGCUGGGUUUGGAUGGUGGUGUGCACGACAACGCAAAGCCGGACGUCUUCAGCGUGCCCUGAAUGAUUCUGCCGCAGGGCAGAGUGGUGCAGAACUUACGCAGAUGGAGAAGCCCGAAUGGAGGCAAAGCCAGUGGGGACAACAAAGCUACCAAAGAGUUCCGUAA